AUGCUGCUGGAAGCUCGAGAAACUACGAGCAGCAGACCAAGUGAUGACGGAGGGUUUUUCUUUGAUCUUGCUUGGUCAUCUGUCCGCAAUGGUAAAUUAAGUUCAGUAACAAAAGCAAGACAAAUUAAUCAAAUCAUGAGGAAAACAAAAUCGAGAUAUUGGACGAUGCGAAAACCUGGUUUAUGUUUCAUAACGAGUCUUUGA